GGAAUGGAGGGCACAGGGAGAGGCGUCCCUGUAUUUGGAGGGUGCCCUUUCGGAGACUCCAGCGGCGGCCCAGGUGGCGCGGAGUCCACGUGCGCGGGAAACGCGCCCCGAGGCCACCGUCCCGGGUGCCGAUCCGCCCGACAGAAGCGCGGAGCCCGGGAGGGCUGUGAUUCCGUCCCGGGCGGGGUUGGGGGGCGUGAACGUCGCGGUCCCCCUCCCACGUCGCCAGGGCUCGGGCGCAGGCGCAGGCGCGAGAGGUGCAGCCGCGGCGAGAAGGGCGGUGAGGCUGGGCGCGCGAAGAUGGCGGCGGCAGCGGCGGCGGCGGCGGCUGCAGAGCAGCAAAGUUCCAAUGGUCCUGUAAAGAAGUCCAUGCGGGAGAAGGCUGUUGAGAGAAGGAAUAUCAAUAAAGAGCACAACAGUAACUUUAAAGCUGGAUAUAUUCCAAUUGAUGAAGAUCGCCUCCAUAAAACAGGACUGAGAGGGAGAAAGGGCAAUUUAGCCAUCUGUGUUAUUAUCCUCUUGUUUAUUCUGGCUGUUAUCAAUUUAAUUAUAACACUUGUUAUCUGGGCUGUGAUUCGCAUUGGACCAAAUGGCUGUGACAGCAUGGAGUUCCAUGAAAGUGGUCUGCUUCGAUUUAAGCAAGUGUCUGACAUGGGAGUUAUACAUCCUCUUUAUAAGAGCACAGUAGGAGGAAGGCGAAAUGAAAAUUUGGUCAUCACUGGCAAUAACCAGCCUAUUGUUUUCCAGCAAGGGACAACAAAGCUCAGUGUAGAAAAGAACAAAACUUCUAUUACAAGUGACAUUGGUAUGCAGUUUUUUGACCCAAGGACUCAAAAUAUCUUAUUCAGCACAGACUAUGAAACUCAUGAGUUUCAUUUGCCAAGUGGAGUGAAAAGCUUGAAUGUUCAAAAAGCAUCUACUGAAAGGAUUACCAGCAAUGCUACUAGUGAUCUAAAUAUAAAAGUUGAUGGGCGUGCUAUUGUGCGUGGAAAUGAAGGCGUGUUCAUUAUGGGCAAAACCAUUGAAUUUCACAUGGGUGGUAACAUGGAGUUAAAGGCAGAAAACAGCAUCAUCUUAAAUGGAACUGUGAUGGUUAGCCCAACUCGCCUACCUAGUUCCUCCAGUGGAGACCAGUUUGGUCCUGGUGACUGGGUGCGCUACAAGCUCUGUGUGUGUGCUGAUGGAACUCUCUUCAAAGUACAAGUGACAGGCCAGAACAUGGGCUGCCAAAUCUCAGACAACCCCUGUGGAAACACUCAUUAGAAGAACCUAAGAGGUCAUCAGUGUGUUCAUGUCUUGACUUUUUUUUAAAUAUGCAUGCAAAUCAUGUUUUUACAGUUUGUGAUAACUUGUAAUUAUCUUAUCUGCAGAGCAACUACUGUAUCUAUUUUACAAUCUCCAUAUUUAAAUUAUUUCGAGAUCCUAAAUUCUAAUUCAUUUUAUUAAGUUUGCACUGAUCUUUAAAUUAUAAUUCUCUAAAAUAGUUAUCAGAAGUGAAUAAAAUCAAAAUUAAUCCUUAAAGGAGUUAUUUUAAAAUUUCACUAUUCCUUGGCUAAGGGAUAAAGGCUGAAGCAACUGUUUAUAGACUCACUGUAAGUAAACUGUUGGUAACUAAUGGGGGUAGACCUACUUAAGGUGUUUAAGACGUACACAGUCAAUAAAUGUUACAUUUUCUGUCUUCAGCUUCUAAGAAAAAAGGCAGAUUUUUAGUGCACCAACUUACAGCCAUAUUCUCAUAUGCAAGUGAAUUUGCUAACUUCAUUCAUAUAUGUGCAAUAGUAAGAAACUACAGUUUCUUAGUUUUACACUAGGAAGAAAAUACUCUAUAAUGGAAUGUUUACUUGUUAAGUAUUGAUACAUAGUAAGUGUUCACAAUGUGGUAGGAAUUAAAAACCAUCUCAGCUUUAACUUUUAAAUAAUGGUAAUAGCUUUCAUUUACUGAGCAUCUUAUAUAUCCUAGGCACUAUCUUAGGCAUAGCAUGUGUAGUAUCUCUAAUUUUUAACACUGCUCUGUAAGUAGGUGUUAUUUUUCCCAGUUUUAUCCAGUAGGAAGUUGAGGAACAGGGAAGUUAAGAAACUUGUCUAAUGUCACAAAGGAAAUAGAGUUUAGGAUUGAAAUUCAGGUGUGAUUCAAACUUAGAUAUACCUUCUUCCAAAUACUGUGUUCUUUUGACUAUCUGCACUGAAGUUUUAGUUAAUUUAAAAUUGUAGAAAGAUAACAAAAGCUAAUUAAAACUUAUCUAUGCAGGUAAAAAUCAAACAAAACUAGUAUGCCUAUUCUAGUUUUUUAAAAAAAUCAAUCUUUUGUCAAAAAAAAAAUGGCCAAUUGCUGUCAGAUUUUAAAUCAUCUCAAGCCCAUUCCAAAACAUUAUACUAUAGAGAAGUCAAAUUGUCCUGGUUGUGGGUUACACCAGUUGCCCAGCUGAUGGGCCUUGGCACACCUGAGUACCUGAAUUGGAUGAAAGAGUUGCCAAGAUAUUUAUACCCAAAGCCCUUAGAGAAACCCAAUGGGAAGUGGGAAGGCCAUCCCAUUGUAAUGAUUUACAACCCUCAAGCCAGUUGAUUUUUAAUGUAUUUUAUACUUGAACUCUCUGGUAUUAUUAAGACACACACAACAUCAGGGACAGAAGUAGUUUGCUGUAAAGUAGGCAGUAGAGAUAAAUCACUGGCCCCACUCUGCAUUCUAUAUAACAGUAUUCUGUCAUGGUCACUUUGAACUGUGUAGAUAAGAAAAUCAAUACAAAAAGUAAUUUGCAUUCAGUAUUGCCACAGUUCUUUCUGAUAGAGAAACCAAAUGCCUUAGAGAUUAUAAGUAGUUGUUAAAAUAUACUAAGAGAUUGACUUACUAUGUAAUACUGACUACAGUUUUUAAAUGAAAAAGAAAAAGAGUGAAAUGUGUGACCUCUUAGUUGUAGUGAUAUUCAGAACCUAUUUGAAUAUAUUCAGUAUCAUUUAAUAUCUGAAUAAUAUUCAGAAAAAAUCCAUUGGAAUUUUCAUUCAGAUGCUCAAUGUAUUCUUAAAUUUUACAUUCAUUACUUGUCUGCUUUAUUUAAAUUUGUUUUGAAAGUUUCUUUAAAUAUUUUUACAAAAACCACAGAACAAUAUGUUACCAAGUAUUAUUUAUUGAAUAUAAUUCAUGAAACAAUCUAUUUUUACUCCUCUUUGUGAAAUAACUUGUUUUUUUGAUAUAUCUCCAUUAAGUGCUUUUGACUUGAGAGGAUAUUUUGAUGUUUUUAUGCAACUGAUUGUUAAGAUAACAGGUAUAGUAUUUUAGGUCACUUUAUAGGUAGUCCUUAUUUUUUCACUUUACUAUAAGAGGAAAGCUUCACUUAUAAAUUUUCACCACCAGAUGGUAUUUUUCUAUAAACUGAAAUGUGAACUUUGCCUUUCUUUGCUAGUUCUUCCUCCCUUGUGUUGAGCACUGUCUUGGGAGAGGUAGAUGACAAGGAGAGGGAGGGGAUUCAUGUUGUUUGAAUAACUGUAGUAAGUUACAGGUAGAUUGCAAUGACAUGAAAUAAAAGCAAGAUGUUUUAGAGACUAGAGGGCAGAUAGGAAAAAUGCAAAGCAACACAAAUGCGGGAUUACCUAUUUACAGUCUGUAAUAUUAAAAAUGUUCUUAUUUGUGGGUUUUUUGCAUUAUGAAAAAGCAAAUUUUGUGUGAUAGUUUUGAUGAUGAAAGGUGGGAGUUCUACCUAGUCGUAAAUGAGGUUUUAUCAAGAGGGUGAGAAUGUUGCAGUGGUAAACUUGACCAAAAAGAGACCACUGAAAUGCUGAUAAUUUUAAUAAUAUUUUUUAAAGUGUUGAUGGGGCAAAGAUUACAAAUUAUGCCAUACAAAAAUAAAACUAUAAAUCUAUUUCAGAUUGCUAACUUAAGUUAUAGUUAAUUCAGUUUGUAGUAACUAUUAAUGACCUCUACAAUAAAGAUUCUGUAAAUUG